UAGUAGCGUGUACUAUGUCGGCAGCGAUUCAAUUGAAGAGAAGAAGCCUAGCCUACUAGGAGGGCCUAGUAGUAAUUAGGAGGCCUAGGCUUAUUAGAGAGGCGUAACAGUAACUUGCUGCUGUAAUAUAGGCCUCUAGGAUAUAAAAUAUUUUAGUUGUUUUCCUUAUUCGCAUGCUGCAGCCAGAAAGUGGUCUAGGCCUAGGCUAGCUAGGAAGGCCUAGCCUCCUAGGCUAGCCUAGCUAGGCCUGACGUCUAUUUAAUUUAGGCCUACUACUAAGAUAGGCUAGAUAGUGGGGCCUAGCUAUGCAGGUGUUCGAUCAUUUCAGCUGCCGGGUUUGUAAUGGUAAUUAACAGCAUUAUGUAUGGUGCGCCAUUGGCAUUAGUGUCACAGCAUGAUGAAUGAGUCAUUACGUGUAAUGCCGGACACUCACUGCGUUGUACAACGGUCCACAUUUGCUUCCGGCGAGCGAUAGACGACAACGGCGCCUGCUGAUUGUCAGUGGCAAUCUGAACGGAUCCUCACUAAAAAGACGAUCCGUUGGGUCCGCGUCUUCGUGUGCGUUCUUCAUUGCAUUGCCGUCGUGUCGCCGUCGCACGCAUUGAGUAACCGGCUUAAUAAGCCUAGGUCUAGGCCCUACAGUAUGCAAUGUUUACUGUAAUUCAUUGGUUACAAGUCAGGCAUACCUAUCCUACUAAUUAAUAUACACUUCUUUUUUUUUAUAAGAACCAGUAAAAUUUUGCCCAGACUCAGUGUUCUUAUUUUUUGGCCAAUUUCAGGCUCAAAAUGUUCUUAUUUUACACACUUUCUAAACAUAGAAAAUUAUUAUUGUACAGCAGUACUGUACUGGGUAUGAAUGAAUCUUAAAUAACAUUGACACAGGUUUCAUUCUCAUAACAUACCUAAUCUGCUAUAUGUUGUCUCGCUUAAAUCUUCUACUUUUAUUACUUUAGACCUACGUUUGCUGCUGUUGGAAGACAUAAACAUACAGUAUUUUCUUUCUGUAAAAAUACAACUUGACACACUUAUAUACAAUACUGUACUUUCUUUACAGACUUUCAGCACGGUUUUGGUUUUAUUUGGCUGAUAACCAGGGUGUAUCAUCGGAUAUCAGCGCUGUUUGAGGUUAUUUUGAGAACAGACUUGAAGAUAAUUAUGUUCAAAUACUUAAAGAUGACAACUUUUGUUCACAAAGUUAAUUCACGAUCAUGAAUGUCAUCGGAAAAACAUCGAAAAUGUGGUAAUGGAUACUGUUGGAGACUGGUACUUCUGAACUUAGCACAUUGGCGUCUGGAUAUGUGAGGCCGUCUGGAACAAGCCAGACAGUCUUACAGACGCCCGGCAAUGUAGCUUUACUACGAAAGAAGCAGUACUAUUAGCGAACGAAAAUCUCGCAAUGACAUCGUGGAAGCUUUAGCGUCACUAGGUUAAGAACAGAGGAUUAGUGGUGUAGCUACGAGCAGUGCAGCCAGUGCAAAGCAGAAAUAUUCGAGAUUGCCAAAUAUGAUUUAAGACGGCGCUUCACGAUCAAUUUUAAUCCACCCCACCCCCAACUCAAGGAGCGGAUUUAGGGGUAGGCUCAGCCGCAGCCCCAUUUUGGAAAGUUAAAGGAAAGAAAAAAAAGAAAAACAUAAUCGCCCAAAACGCCUCAGAGGUUAUUUUCGGGUGUUUACAUAUACGAUAUCUAAAUAAAUCUUAUCAUCCCCAAUGUUAUCUCGAUCAUCCACAAUUUUGGCUCCUGCGUCAGACCUACUGAAUGACCUUCGUGAUCAGAAAUUUCAUUAAACUGAUUUUCAUUGUUUAAUAUUUAGAAUAACUUACCUGUAACAAAAUGGUACAUUCUAUUCGGGGUUUUUCCAUUUUUAUUUUUUAAUUUAUUAAUUUCAUUCACAAGAAAUUCCCGUCGUCGUACACAGAUUUCGACACUGAAUGAGUAGCUUAAAAACACGGUGAACGUACGCAGACCACUGACAUACAGAAUCAUGACAAAGCCCCUUGUGGAUUUCUCUUUGGUACUUCACAUGUGUUGUCUUUCUGUCUUCAUGGUCCAAGAAAGGAUAAUUCACGAUCAUGAAUGUCUUGACCCAAUCGGAAAAACAUCGACAGUGUGGUAAUGGAUAUUACAGAUCUGUUACUCCUGGACUUAGCCCACUGCUGCAAAAAAGCCGUCUGGAGCAAGCCAAGCAGUGCUACACGGAUGCCUUGAAAUGUAGCUCUACCACAGAAGAAGCAGCAUCAGCCAACAAAAACCUUGCAAUGACAUCGUGGAAGCUAGCGUCACUAGGUCAAGAACAGAAAGAUUUGCGAAGCCAGAUAGUGUUCUUCCACAAAGACGCGCUGAAAUAUUUCUCAAGGGCAUUGAGGUUUGGCAAUGACGCACACAUUGGGCAAUCUUGGUCUGAAAGUUUGGUCCAGAAAAUGCAUCAAAGUCUUCAGGAAUGUCUUGAUUUUGUUAAUAACCAAACAAAUAUGUCUGAUGAGAAGACUGACAUCCUGUCAAUGGCAUGUCAACUUAUUCCUGCUGGAGAAUUCAAAGCCAAUAUUUCUAUUCUUUAUGUGGAACAUCUUAUCGGAAAAGCAAUUGAUCUUUUUCAAGACAGGAAGUGUCUGAGUAUUCUAUAUGACUGCCAUCAGCCUCUGGAGGAAGCCAAACGCUAUGGUAGGAGUAACAAGGAUAUAUUAUCAGAGGUCGGUGUAAUGUCUGAAGAAGUGACGAUGCUGACAGCAGUGGCUGAGGCCAGACAGGCCCUGGAAACAGGAGACAGUCUGAAGAAAAAGAUUUUGACGACGGAGGAAGAUCUCAACAUUGACAUGGUGUGGGAAGUUCUUGACUGGUACAAGAAAGCCAUUCUCUUGACACGAGAAAAGAACCUAGAGUUGGAGGCCAUCGCUAUGUGUCGCAUGGGCAUAAUAUACGACAGCAUGCUGAAGUUGAAAUCCAAAGCUAGACCGUAUUUCAAGUAA